CUUUGUGGGGAAGAGCAACAAGCACGGAGCACCACGAGCAUGAAAUCAGACGACAAAAAUUGGAACCCUCCAUAACUAUAAACAAAUCGGCUUCUAUUCCUACAUUUCUCUUUCACUUCUUUCUUUCUUUCUUUUUUAAUUAUUAUUAUUUUUUUUAUUACAGUCAACUUUUUUAUUAGUCUCCCCCUUGGAUGUUUUCCCUCUGCAGAUUAGUUAGUUAAGUAUUUGAUUUAUUAAUUCAACCUUUUCAAUAACUUUGACUCGAUGUUUUAAAGUGAUGCCUGCCUAAAUGUAUAUCUUCUUUAAUUAGUGUUAUUUUUUUCUUAAUUUGAAAAGAGAAUUAUACGCCUAUUAACUUUUAAAUAAAUAAUAUAUAUUUUAACGUUUUUACACUUUACUAAUAAAAUACUAAUAGUUCUAUUAUUUAUUGUAGCUAAUUCAUAUGUGUCAAGAUUGGAUAUAAAAGAUUAAUAUUCUUAAUUUAUUUAGUAUCCUUGAUCACAGGCAGAAAGAAUUCUAAGCUGUCCUAAUUAGUUAAACCUCGAAGCUGGAGUUCUGAAUUAAGGAUUAAGGAUUUUGAAUUAAGAAUUAACUAAAGCUGGAGUUUUCCCAUCUCAACGCACUUAUAAAAAACAACGUAAAGCAAUGCUUUAAGUUGCUCUCUUCUCUUUUAUUCUCUCUGUUAGGGUAUAAGGAGAGUUAUCUGUUUUGAGGCUCCCACUUCCCAGCUUGCAAAUAAGAGAUUAUAGUUCAAAAAGGGAACAAGAGGGCCAACCAAUACCUUUCAAUUAGACUCAUCAUCAUUCGAUAUAUCACAUUUUGCAUGUUCUCUUUUUUGUCUUUUUACAGAAACCCUUCUGCUACAAAUUAAUAAUUUUUGGGAAGAAUCCUCUCUACACUACUAUCCCUAACUUCUCCUUAUCUUUUCACCUUUCCGAUCCAUAAAUAAAGAGUCUUGUAUCCAAUCAUGUCAUUCUUUCCCUCAUUUCUCUUCGUCCUCUUGUGCCUUUCCAUGCAUGCAUGUCUUGCUCGCCAUUUUGUAUUUGUUAAGGUCGGAGGGAAGCAGAAGAUCGACUCAGUGCAAGGGAUGAUCGAUAGAGCUGUGACGACUCCAGUUCAACCCAACAUGUUUAACUCAAAAGAUAUUAGUAUUAGCCAAAGUUCAGGAGUUGAGAUAUUUAAAUCUUCUUCCCUCGUGGUACCACUAAAGGCAACCCAUAUAGAGGGAUCAAGAAGAAGAAGAAGAGGAUUAUCAGUAGUAAGAUUUGAGAACUCCAAUUAUAAGAACGCCAACAAGAACAAAGUAGAAGAAGAUGCUGAGGUGAUAGAUUAUGACCCACCACAUCGAACACCGCCAAUCCACAAUAGAAAAGUCUUAGAGAAAUAUUAGCUGCUUGUAAUAGCCAGUUACUUAGAUGUAUAAUGAUGCCUCAUGGAAAAAUUAAUGGUUCUUAAUUAACGUUGAGUCGAAGGAACAAAAGUGAAAUCUACUAUUACAACUCAAAACUCAUCCUGAAAUACGAAUCAUUUUGUGGUCAAUUCAAGUUUCCUAAUAAGAUGAAUCAAACUUUAUUUCAUUUUCCAACAGUACGUAGAUAAGUUUGCAUCUCCAGUUGAGUUUCAGUUUGAUUGAAGACUACCUGUUGUAGGGAAUGAUUACAGUUUGUUUUGGUACAUAGGAAUCGGAAUUAUUGUUUGGUUUCGCAUAAAUAAAUAACUAGAGUACUACUUCUCAUAGAUCUUGAUCGUACAAUUGUAGGGUGAUGAUGAAUAUUGGUCCCAGUCCUAUAUUUUCUCUUUUCUCUUUUUUUUUUUUUUUCUUUUCUAUUAUGUUCGUGUAUCAAUUGUUGCUUUCAAUUUCCCAAAAUAAGCGGAUAAGAGCUUCUUUCUAGGAUUCAUGACAUUGCUCGUCGCUAAAUCCAAUAUCACAAUUAUUUCGCGACUAAUGCAUAACCAUUGAUCACUAGUGCUGCAUCGAAUGUACAGUUUUGAAAGGAAAAGCAAAAACAAAAUAAACUCUUCAGCUUCAUAAAUAACUAUGGUGCUCUUUGAUAAAAUUUAAAAUUAAACAUUGAAAUUCAUUAUAAUUACUAAACUCAUUAAAAUUAUUUUGUCAAUCAGUUUUAGAUCAAAAACAAUUUUCAAAUUACUUGAAUUAUUAUAAAAAAAUUAUUAAA